AUGGAUAACAAUAACAACAAUAACGAUUCAAAAAUUUUAAGAAAAAUAAAAGUUUCAUCAAAAAAAAUAGAAAAUAAGAAUGAAUUAGAAAAACAUUAUUGUGAGCAAUUUAAAAAAAUAGCAGAAUAUUUAAUAAACGAUGUAAUACUUUAUCUACCGAAAAAUAAAAAAUAUCAAAUAAUUGAAUUAGAAUUUUAUUUCAACACUUUAGAAAAUAACAGUAAUGAUAAUGCACUGUUGCAUUGUGAUCCGUAUUCACAUCAACAUGAACAUCAAAAAACGAGCGGAGAAUGGUAUUUUCAUCGUGUUGGUAAAUUUGGAUAUCGAGGUGGAACCAGAAAAGGUAUCGAUAUAACAUUUGGCAAUGAGAAUGCUUAUGGUGGAAUAUUAAUACGUUCUAUAAAAAGAAUUAUUGAUAAUGAAGACGAUGAUGAGAACGAGUUGAUUGAAGGACCAAGUUUAAUUGUUGAUGAGAUUUUGAGAUUAUGUGGGGUGGAUAACCUUAGUAUAAAAGAAAUGGUCGAAGUAAAAUGGAAGGGAAAAAGUGGAAUUUGUAAGGAUUUUAAGAAUUUUAAUGGAAUGAUUUGGUUGGAAGAAAUGAAAUAUACCAAAAAUGUUGAUGAUAGCGAUGGCGAUGGCAACAAUGACGAUGGUGGUGAUGAUGAUGGUGGUAGAAGUGAAGAAAAAAUUAGAAAUUUUAAUAAAAGAGCAAAAUAUUCUACAGGUGUAAGUUCGCCAUAUUUUAUAAAAUCAUCAUCACAAUCAUCAAUGAAACAUAAAAGAAAGUCCAACAACUUAAAACAUAAAGAAAUUGUAUAUAAUUCACCAAGAGUCGGCCUUACUUUAUCCAAUACAAAUCCUUCGCCAAAUCUACGUUUAAACUUUCUUUUGAAACCUUAUAGAUUUUUCAUCAAACCACAUCUAAUUAAAAAAGGCAAGGCACAGUUAAUAAUAGGAUUAUACGAUAGAUACCAAGAUAUUAAUAAAGUUGCAGAAAUAUCGGGCACGAGUAGAUCAAUUGUCGAAAAUUAUUUAAAAGAGUUUAAAUUAGAUUCUGAUAAUAUUGAUGAAUUUUUGGGUAAAAAAGGAAAAGGAUCAAACGGCAUGGAGUAUUGCAAAAUGGCAGGAGUUGUGCGUAAUUGGUUAAAUAAUCGAGACAAUAAAGAUGUGAGGAUAUUUUAA